AUGCCAGACACUGUUAAGGCUAUCAUUUCUGCAUCUAGAUAUCCAAUGUCCAUUGUCAUUGUGGGAGUUGGAAGCGCAGAUUUUGGUUCCAUGGAAACUUUGGAUGGUGAUGAUAGAAGAUUACAAUCUGGUUCUGAAGUUGCUUUCCGUGAUAUUGUUCAAUUUGUUCCCUUCCGUAAAUACAACUCUCAAAAUUAUAUCAAUCUAGCUCGUGAGACCUUGAAAGAAGUGCCCCAACAAGUUUGCGAAUACAUGAAAUACAUGAAGAUUAAACCAAAUAAGAGAGUAUAA